AGGGUUUGUGAUUUCGUUUCAACUAAGGUAGCUCACCGGCGCCGCCAGGCAGCUCCGGAGGGCAGAGAUGAGUAAGACGGAAGGAUCUACGGAUCUCUCUGGCACACAGGAGGUGGGUUCAUGGGUUUCGGUGGUUCAAAACAAGCAAACUCUCAAAAAAUACGAUCUAAACAUUUCAACUUCGGAGGGGCAAAGUUCCGUGGAGAUUCCUGAUGAGGUUUUUGAAAACGUUACACCGCUCUGGGAGGAUUUUCUGAUAGGGAAGUUCCUAGAUACGGCACCACAUGUGGCUAAGGUUCAUGUCAUCGUUAACAAAAUUUGGAAACAGGGGUUCGAUGCGCAAAAAAUUGACGUGUACGAAGUCAAUUCCACAACUCUGAGAUUCCGGGAUAGCAAUCCUUUGAUUCGUGCAAGGGUUCUCAAAAGAGGAAUGUGGAAUAUUGCUGAGGUACCAAUGGUGGUCACUAAGUGGACUCCUAAUGCGGAGAAGGAGCAACAGGAGGAGAAAUCUGUUCCACUAUGGUUUUUUUUUAAAAAUGUUCCGAUGAAUAUGUAUUCUUGGGAGGGAUUGAGUUUCAUUACAAGCGCAGCAGGUCAUCCGGUGCGUCUACACCCAGAAACAGCUGCGUGCUCACGUUUUGAUGUUGCAAAAAAUUUUGUCAACGCUGAUCUGUCCAAAGAAUUACCAAAAAAGAUCAAAUUCACAAAGAAUGGCAAGGAAUUUUGGGUGGAUUUUGUCUAUCCUUGGUUGCCUCCGAGGUGUUCUAUCUGUGAAAAAUGGGGACAUCUUGAUUCAAGAUGUGUUGCCAAUAAAAAAUAUUCAGCCGUAGGUUCUGAAAUGAAGUGGGUGGAGAAAUCUAAAGUUACUAAAGAUGCAGUGGUACAGACUAGUACGCUGGAAACAGUUACCACUUCAGACAAAGUAAAUGAAAAGGCACCGGAGACUGACCAGACAAGUUCAGAAAAGAUGGAUGAUGUAGGAGAGUGGUCACAGGUAUCUCUUUCAAAAACAAGUCGCAGCCCGAGUAAAGCAGUAACAGAGGCGCCAAUUCUUGUUUCAGCAUCAAAAUUUUCUGUCCUCUGUACUGAAGAGGAGGAGGAGGGAGAACUUCAAGAAACAGAGGAAAAGAAUGAUGAUGAUGAUGAUGAGGAUGGUGCUAAGGUAGAAGAUGGACAAGCUACAGCUCAUAGUGAAUCUCAAGAGACAAAGGCAAAUGAUGAGGAAAUGGUAGGGGGGAAACCACCUGUCACGCGUAACACCUCAAAGAAGAUGAAGACUAUUUCGGAGACCUCAAACCAGGUAACUAAGGACGUUGUUCCAGUGGUUGCGGGAAGGAGGUCCAACCGAAAAGCCCUCUAAAUGUCGAGUUUUUCAUGGAAUGUGCGCGGAUUUAAUAAAACUACUAAACAUUC